CGAACUCAUUUUGCCAUUUUGUUCGUUUCUCGUUUGUGUCACCCUAAACGCAUCUCGUUCUUCGAAAGGCCGCUUCGCAUUGAUUCGCCGAACGCUUUCUGCAAAACGCCUGGACAAUCCAAAAUGAAUGGAUCCACAGCUUCCCAGUCGCCUGAAGCAAUCUCUCGCGGCCUACAUGGGCCCCAGCGACGCCGUCCCCAUCGGAAGACAAAGACCGGCUGCACCGAGUGCCGCCGACGGCGCGUCAAGUGCGAUGAGCAAAAGCCGAGUUGCCGGGCCUGCGUGCGCCGUGCGGUCCCAUGCAAAUAUACAACAGAAUACCGAAUUAUCAAGGAUGUCGCGACGGAUGUGUCCCUAGAACUGCCGCUGGCGCCUGAUACUCUGGCAUCGCCGCUACCAAAUGGGCCAUCUCCACCCCUUUCGUCCUUGGCACCGCAUGGAUCGCCUGUCCGUCCUCCCCAGGAGAUCUCGGCCCUUUCAGAUGGGCCAUGUUGCCCCACAGCAUGCGCCUUCAUCAUCGACGACCUGGUUCUUCUUCACCAGUGGACAUGGUCCACUAGCCUCAGCAUCUGCCGCGAGCCCAGCUGCGCUGACAUCUGGCAACGCCUGUUUCCAGAGGUAGGAUUGCGACAUCCUUUCGUGUUCCACGCCAUCCUGAGCGUGGCUGCCCUUCAUCUCGUGCACAGCCAUGGGACGGGAGAUGGCCCAUAUGUCGCCAGGGCUGCCGAGCAUCACAACGAGGGGCUCCGAGGCUUCCGCCAGUCGCUGGCCAGCAUCACCGAGGCGAACAGCGAGGCCCUGUUUGUCUGGUCUCUGUUAAACAUGAUUUACGUGUUCGGUGUGUCUAGGCGACGCGGCGUGGACACCGACUGCAGCCUUGCCCGCCAUUCGCACAAGGACUUGGUUCUCGGCAUCGAAUGGAUUCCCAUGAUCCGCGGCAUCGAAGCGGUGCUGCACCCGACCUUCAACUACCUGCUGUUUGGUCGCAUGAAGCGCAUCUUGAGCUUAGGGAACUGGGACGAUCUGGAGCCAGGCCCGGCCGCCGCGUACCAGGGCCCCGAUGGCUAUCUUUGCUGCACGCGAGAGACGUGGAAGAACAGCAACGAUGCAGAGACAUACGACCAAGCCCUUCGGAUCCUCCGUAAAUGUCGAAUGUUUAUCCAGCAGUUUGAAACGAUGGAUGCAGCCACUUUGGCCGAAUGGGGCUACAACCGCGCAUGGUCUGGGCCCCUGAUGUUCAUUCACUUUGCGCCCCAGUCCUAUUUUACCUUGCUACACCAGAGACAGCCUCCCGCACUGGUCUUGUUUGCUUACUUCGGUGCCCUACUGCACGGCAUCCGAGAUCACUGGUUUAUGGAAGGCUUAGGAAAGGAGAUUGUAGAAGUUGUUGCCCACCUGCUUGGGUCUUAUUGGAGGCCAUGGAUCUCCUGGCCAAUCGAGUAUGUUGGGCUUGACUGAUUUGAACGAAGGUUCAUAGUCAAGAAAGAACAAGAGAGAGAGAAAAGCAAUGGGAUAACCCAAAAUACUGAUAGACAAGGUAAACUUUCUGAUCCCAGCCAAUCUCCAAAAAACGCCGUGCCCCUUCUAGAAGAUCCCAACCGACAUACUUCCAUACAUGCCAGGCUCUGCCUAAAAUC